CCCCGCAAGGUUUUUAAUGAGCUGUCUAUCCCUCAAGCAGGAAGACACGAAUCGAUUUCCUACUCUUUUUUUCUCAAUUCUAUCGAGCCCACACAGUCAUACAUAUUCUUCAAAUGUCGUUGCCCAGUGAUCCUGAAAAUAAUGGGCACAUGAAGGAAGUACCAACUGUGAUUUCUGUACCGGCAACUUUGUUUGACGCGAUGGCUGACGCCAGAGCACUUCGAGUUGCGAUGAAAGGCCUAGGUACCGAUGAAAAAGUCAUCAUCGACGUUCUUUGCCACCGAUCAAACGCCCAACGUCAAGCCAUUUCUGAAGCAUUCAACAUUGAAUUCAAUCGGGAUUUAGUUGCUGAUCUAAAGAGCGAAGUGAGCGGCAAAUUCAAAAGUGUUAUUACCAGCCUGAUGUUGCCUGCGGAAGAAUACUGUGCCAAGGAACUACACGAAGCCAUCAAGAAAUUUGCAAGAAAAGAGGCUCUCUUGGAGGACAUCAGCCUCCUUGGAUCCGACUCGGAAACUCUGAGCCUAGCCUCAGCCUACGAGACAAAUGUCAUGGCGGAAAUCCUCUUCACCCGGUCCUACGAAGAAGUCGUAAAAAUCGCAAACGCUUACAACACCAAGUACAAAAUCGAUCUGAAAAGGGAAAUUAAGCAAGAUAUUUCCGGUCGGGUUCAAAAGAUAUUUCUCAAAUCCCUUCAGGAAAUUAAAGAUCCGACAAUAGAUUCUGACUCAGUCGCUAGCGCACAAGAAGAGGCUAAACUUUUGCUCGACAAAGGAAAAGAGCACAGCAGCACGGACGAAAAUCCUUUCGUUAACAUUUUGAGCUACGCCAUUCAAAGGCGUCGUCUGACUUCGGUUAUUUUCCAAGAGUACGCCAAAAUUUCGGGAGAACCAAUUGAAGAGACUCUCAAAUCCCAAGUGUCUGAACACAUUUUAUUUUGUCUUCUUGAAAUAGUUAAAAUAGUUCGCAACCGACCGGCGUAUUUUGCCGAGCGUUUAGAAUUGGCCAUGAGAGGAUUGAGUACCGAUCACAACACUCUAAUCCGCAUCAUCGUCAGUCGAAGUGAAAUUGAUUUGGCCAACAUCAAGUUAGAGUACGAACGCAUGUACGGCAAAACACUUUAUGGUUCAGUCGAGAAUGCAACUUCUGGCGACUACGGCCGCUCCCUCCUUGCUCUCAUCGGAGUUCCCGCUCUCAAUUACGAAAUGACAGUACCGCCGAUAUUUUUUAUGUAACGCAACAGAGAAUUUGAGGGAAAAUUUGUAC